ACACUCCAAAGUCCAAAGAGCCGAGAGAGAGCAAAGAAUCAGAGCAAUGUCGUCGUCCACCGCGAUUAGGGUUUUCAGAGGCUGCCGUGCUCUCCUUGCACCGGCCAAAUCCUCCUCCUCCACCUCCAGUGCCGGAGCCUCCGCCGUCAAGGUCGCCGCCGCCGCCGCACCGAAAUCGAAGGCCAAGGCGAAGGCCAAGGCCAAGGCGAAGCCGAAAACAGACGCCGACGCGAUCAAGCCCAAGAGAAACGUCAACAUGAACGCCGGCAUUAUGAAGCCGAGGCCGAUCUCUCCAGCUCUCGGCAGCUUUCUCGGCGCCGCUGAGUCCUCUCGCGCCGAGGCCGUCAAGCAAAUCUGGGACCACAUCAAGCUCAACAGCCUGCAGAAUCCUGCCAACAAGAAGGAGAUAAUUUGCGAUAACAAGCUGAAGGAGUUGUUUGAAGGGAAGGAAAAGGUCAACUUUCUGGAGAUCGGGAAGUUGCUUUCACCCCAUUUUGUGAAGGCUGAGUGAAUGUGGGUUUAGUGAUUAACAUCUUUCGGGUAUUGUAAUGUCUGCACUUUCUUUUGAGGCUACUCUGCAAAUAGGGGAUUUGCUAAUUGAUAUUUAGCUGGUGCAUGUAUAAAGUAACUAGGUUAAACAUUUCAUUAGGUUAUGUUUAUGUGAUUUUUUCUUGUAUCAGUUUCACUUUCGAAAUUAUCUGGUGGAAAAUCUUUUCAAUGCUUU